ACACAAUAUCGUUACAGUUAUUUCAGGCUUUUCGUGUGUUAUACUGAACAUCCUAGUAGAGUUAAUUGAAUAUACCAGACACUCUCUGAAUCAGCUACGAAGAGAUCAAAUCAGGAGAUAGUGAUGGAGUCAUAUGUUACAAAGAAACAGGGAUUUACGAAGUAUCAAGGCAAAGCCAGGAGGUUUGGCGAGUUUUACUGUACCGACUGUAAGCGACGGUGGUACAGUGCUAACAGUUGGGCAAACAAGAGCCAACAAUGUAAGAAGUGUGGACACAGUGUUUACCCCUGUAAACAGACUCCAUUGAAAAAGCCAGAGGGAUUGGAUCAACAGUCGGAUCUUAGAAAACAUCAUCCACAGGAACUGUGUGAAAAGUGUAAUGAACUUGGCUUUUACUGCAGAAAUCUGAGAACCAGUGAAGAUGAUGACUCAGAUUAUGACGAUUAUGACAAUGAGUAUGAUUCAGUGGAGGAAUACUCAGAUAACGAUUUGCAUCAACAACAUGAUGACGAAGAAUUGUCAAUACAAUUUGAUAGUCUUCACGUCACUGAUGAUUACGAUGAUAGGGAUGAUUAUUUCAAUGAUAGGGAUAAUGAUUAUGAAAGUGAUAAUGAUAGUUAUGAUUAUUAUAAUAGACGUGAUAGGGGUGAUACUUAUGAUGAUGAAGAUGGGUACUUUUAGUUUAUUAUACUGGGUCUCACCUAGUUACAGGCCUAACAUCAAUUGUGACCAAUCCCCAACCAGAUUUUAGUUUGUUUCAAAUUGUAACAUAUUUAGUAUAGUAGAUAUGCUUAUGGACAAUUUAGAGCAUAUAGAAAUAUUUACGUAUAAAUAAAUGUCGAGUUAUUACAAGUCAAA